AUGUCUGCUCCAGUUUCAGCAAUUCAUGGUUCAACUGAGAUCAAAGCCACACCCAAAACGGUUGGCCGAUCCUCGGAUUUUCACCCCAGCAUUUGGAGAGAUCAUUUCCUCAUAUAUACUUCUGAGUCCCCGGCAAUUGAUGUCAAUAUGGAGCAAAAUGUUGGGAAAAUGAAAGACGAAGUGAAGAGGAUGUUUGAUGUUGCUGCCCCUAAUCCUUCGGAAACCCUCCAACUGAUUGAUGCAAUCCAACGUUUAGGCUUUGCUUAUCAUUUUGAGAAUGAAAUUACUGAAAAACUAAAAGAGAUUAACAAAAUAACUCUUGAGGAAUUCAAUGAUGAUCCUCAUAUCAUUUCACUAUGGUUUCGUUUGCUAAGACAAGAAGGAUACAAUGUAUCAUGUGGUAUAUUUCACAAGUUCACAAACAAAGAAGGAAAGUUCGAUAAUACCCUCGUAAAUAAUGUUGAAGGAAUGUUAAGCUUAUAUGAAGCUGCACAUCUUAUGGCUAAUGGAGAGCCAAUACUUGAAGAAGCACUUGCUUUCACUACUACUCAUCUCAAAUCAUCAACGACAUCUUCCCAAUUGAGUCCUUUUCUUGCUGCACAAGUAAAGCACGCCUUGAAGCAGCCCAUAAGGAAGGGCUUGCUAAGGGUUGAGGCAAGGCAUUACAUUUCUAUUUAUGAGGAAAAUCCCUCACAUAGUGAAGUUUUACUCAACUUUGCAAAGUUGGAUUUCAACAUUUUGCAAAAGUUGCAUCAGAAGGAGCUUAGUGCGAUCACAAGGUAGUGGAUAGAUCUGGAUGUUGCGACAAACCUUUCUUUUGCACGAGACAGGCUAGCAGAAGCUUAUUUUUGGAUCUGUGGAGUAUAUUUUGAGCCCCAAUACGCACUUGGUAGAAGAAUAACAACUAAAGUUUUGGCAGUCACAUCACUCCUUGAUGAUAUAUAUGAUGUCAAAGGAACAUUUGAAGAGCUCCAGCUCUUCACAGAUGCCGUUCACAGGUGGAAUAUCAGCUGCCUAGAUCCACUUCCCGAAUACAUGAAAUACUGUUAUCGGGUACUAUUAGAGUUAUACGAAGAAAUUGAGGAGCUCACGGUGAAUGAAGAGAGAGGAUUAUAUCGAAUUCAUUGUGCUAAAGAAGCAAUGAAGAAGCACGUCCAAGCCUACUUUGACGAAGCCAACUGGUUAAAUAAGAAUUAUAUACCAACAGUGGAGGAGCAUAUGAAGGUUACAGCGGUAUCAGGUGGUUAUUGCAUGUUUACAAUAACUUCUUUCCUUGGAAUGGGAGAUAUUGCAAAAGACGAGGCCUUCGAAUGGGCGUCAAAAUAUCCCAAGAUUAUUGUAGCUGCAUCGGUCAUUUGUAGGCUCAUGGAUGACAUUACUGGCCAUAAGUUUGAGCAAGAAAGAGGAGAGGUAGCCUCUAGUGUUGAAUGCUAUGUGAAACAAUACAAUGUGUCAGAGGAAGAAGCAUAUAGAGUGCUUGGCAAGCAGAUUUUUGAUGCGUGGAAGGACAUAAACGAAGAGUGCCUUGAACCCAGAGAUAUGCCAAUGCCUCUCCUUCUGCGUGUACUCAAUCUCGCUCGUGUCAUGGAUGUCCUUUACAAGGAUGGCAUAUUUGUUUAUGGUGAAACUUUAUACUUUGUGAUGUUUAUGAUGAUAAAAAGAGAUGAGAAAGAUUGUGAUUGGUGUUUGAAGGUUGAAACAAUGGAUGAAAUGAGCUAUGAUUAUAAAUCUAACGAUCAAAGUGGUGAAGUUCCUGCCGACUCGAAGAUUGUAAAGUUAGCAGAAUUCCUGUGA